AUGCUCAGCUACACUAUGUACACAACCGUCGACCCCACAACGGGCCCCCCCAUGAUCACCAUCGAAGAACGUGGCCGUCGCCUCCACAACAACAACACCACCACCACCACCACUUCAACCUCACCCUCCUCCUCAACCUACGCCUCAGACGAAGAAGACGACCACGUCGAGCCCCUACAAUCCUGCAGCCGUCGAAACUCCAUGCUCAACUUCUGCUAUGGCCUCCCUACCUCCUCAACCUCAAACUCUCGGUCCAACUCUCGAACCCGCUCCCGGUCAAGAUCUCGUCCCAACAUCAAGAUCCAGGAUGCUUCCGAUCCCGCCCCCGUUCUGUAUUCGCUCUCCACUAGGGCUCCAAUCCAUCCUGCGUCACCCAAGCAGAGUACAAACAACUCUCGUCGUUCCUCGGUCGAAUUGAGGGAGGACUAUGCAGAGUUGCUCGAGGAGAUAUCCCGCCCCUCGUCUCGUGUCAACUCUUGUGUCAACUCUCGUGUCAACUCCCGUGUCAACUCCCGUGUUAACUCUCGUGCCAACAGCCGUAGCAACAGCCGUAUCAGGGACCCAGUUGAGUUGAGGGAGGAGUAUGCAGAGUUGCUCGAGGAGAAGUCCCGCCCCUCGUCUCGUGUCAACUCCCGUGUCAACAGUCGCAGCAACAGCCGUAUCAGAGACCCCCACCAUUCUCACCCUCACCCCUCGCACUCGCACGACCACACCCACUUGACCAUCAACAACCUCAACUUCAACAAGGACAGCAAGAAGGAAAAGAGUGACCAUUGUGGAAGCGACUGUGAGACCUGCACAAACUGCAACACUAUCAAAGAUACCGUCCUCGAACUCGAUGAAUCCAACACCCCCAGCAAGAUCCAGAAGCCUCGUCGCAAAUCUCACGAUAUCACAGGACCUUAUGAUACAGUCGUUGAUAGUAGCAGCGAGGAGGAGUCCCAGAAAGUCGAUGGGGCCGCUCUUGCUGUCCCUGCGGAUAGCAUUGAGAGCAAGCUGGGGUUCGACAUGAGUCUCCUCUCCUUCUAA